AUGGACGAGAGGGUCCGGACACUGUUUGUCAGUGGCCUCCCCGUGGACAUUAAACCAAGAGAACUCUACCUGCUCUUCCGGCCGUUCAAGGGGUAUGAAGGGUCCCUGAUCAAGCUCACAUCCAGACAGCCUGUUGGUUUUGUGAUCUUUGACAGCCGGGCAGGUGCAGAAGCGGCCAAGAAUGCGUUGAACGGUAUUCGCUUUGAUCCCGAGAACCCGCAGACCCUGAGGCUAGAGUUUGCCAAAGCGAACACCAAGAUGGCCAAGAGCAAGCUAAUGGCCACACCAAAUCCCACCAGUGCUCACCCUGCCCUCGGAGCACACUUCAUUGCCCGGGACCCCUAUGACCUGAUGGGGGCCGCUCUGAUCCCUGCAUCCCCAGAGGCCUGGGCACCCUACCCUCUGUACACCACAGAGCUGACCCCAGCUAUCUCACAUGCCGCGUUCACCUACCCAGCUGCUACUGCUGCCACCACCCUACAUGCCCAGGUACGCUGGUAUCCUUCGUCUGACACCGCCCAGCAAGGAUGGAAGUACCGUCAGUUCUGUUAGUUCUUCAGUCUUGUCACUGCAGGUCGAAGCCCCUGCCUGCUGGGGAGAUCCCAGGAGUCAGUUCUGGGGAUCCUGUACAGUGGUGCCUAGAGCUUCCGCUCCCCCCAGGCAGCCAUGGAGAGCUGCUGCUUCCUCCAAAGACUGUGAAUUUUAAGCCUGACUCAGUGGACUGCUUCCUGUUUCCUGUCUUGCCUCUUCCGCAGCCUGUCCUUCCCAAGGCCUUUCUCCAAGGCCCCACGGGAGGAUUUAGGGGCUGCCUUGCUGGGACGCCCAGCCCCCCAACCCAAAGGCCUCGCUGGGACCGAGCAAGGCCCGUCCUCCUGUCUGAACUAGCUUUGGUAACUCCACCUCAAGGAAAUGAGGUGAUUAUUUCUCAUGUUUUCUGGCAUGAUUAGGAGACUUAAACUUGUGAUAUGUGAGUACACAGUUUGUUCUCACAUUGGUGUCACCAUAGCAACAGGUCCUGGCCACUGAUGGCUCAUCAUUCCUGGUGGCUCCCCACGCCCCUCCCUCAUGUGUCUCCGUGCUCCAGCCUGACCCAGCUCUGCAGCCGGUUCUGCCCCGAUGGCUCCACCCCACACACUUCCAGGCAGAACAGCUACAACAAAACCCCAGCAAAUAUAUCAUGUUUUCUUUUCCAUUUCAAGUCAGGGUCCUCUGCUUUCUUCUCCGCACAUGGCCCAACAGCUGUCAGAAAGUCCUCUCUGCUCCGCAGCUUUACCUCACCACAGCGCUCCCCCAUGCCACUGUUCCUUAUUCUUUCCAAGUUUCCAAACCAAAACGGAAAGUAUUUUUGUACCCUGUGUAACAAAAUAUUUAUGCAUCAUAAAGGAUUUUUUGUGUGUGUGUGCAAUUAAUUAUUAAAGAGACCUUGUUCGCCCUGUCAGAUGAGUUUAAUGUUUAGUUCGAGGCAUGAAGAAGAAAAAGGUUUCCGUUCUGUAGAAAUGAACCUUUUUUUUUUUUUUUGGUCAGGUAUUACUUUAAGAAAAAUGAAAUGAAGGAAAAAUUGUGCAAUUUUAGUUUAUUCUGUGAGCAAACCAGUGCUUUACCUUAAGCUGCAGCCGUGACUGUUGCGGCUUUCAGACUUGGGAGUCUAGGUGGCUGUUGUUAAUUGCUGAUCCUGUGAGAAUGUGAAACUGGAUAAUAUAUGAAAUGCAAAAUAAAAAAAAAAAAUCACCCAAAGUGA